AUGGUUCGCUUCUACAGAGUCUCCGCUGCGACCCUCGUCACCGCCGCCACCGUCUCCGCCAUCCCCAUCCCAUGCCUCCUUCCCUUCCUCAGCGGCGCUGGUAGCCUCCUGGGAAGCUCCGGCCUGGGUGCCAGUCUCGGUCUCGGUGGCAGUGCCAGCGGCAGCGGCAGCGCCGACUUGGGCGCCAGCCUUGGUGGUAGCGGCAGCGGUAGUGGAAGUGCUGGUGCUGGUCUCGGUGCUGACCUCGGCGCCGGUCUGAGCGGCAGCGCUGGUCUGGGUGCCCUUCUGGGCGGUGGUGCCGGUGCCAGUGCUACCGGUGCUGCGGGUGCUGGUGCUUCGGGAGCUGCCGGUCUUGGUGGCUCCGCUGGCCUGGGUGGAUCUGCUGACCUGGGCGCUGAUCUGGGUGCCGGUCUUGGUCUGGGUGGAAGUGGCAGCGCCGGUGCCGGUCUUGGUGCCAGUGCUACUGGCGCUGCUGGUGCUGGUGCCUCGGGCUCUGCUGGCCUGGGCGCUGGCCUUGGUGGAUCUGCUGGCCUCGGUGGCUCUGCUGGUCUGGGUGGUAGCGCUGGUCUCGGCGCUGGUCUGGGUGGAAGUGCCACUGGUGCUGCUGGUGCCGGUGCUUCUGGCGCUGCUGGCCUCGGUGGCUCUGCUGGCCUGGGUGGCAGCGCCGGCCUUGGUGCUGGUCUUGGAGGAAGUGCUACUGGCUCCGCUGGCGCUGGUGCUUCCGGUGCUGCUGGUCUCGGCGGUUCCGCCGGUCUUGGUGGCUCCGCCGGUCUUGGUGGCUCUGCCGGUCUGGGCGCUGGUCUCGGUGGCAGCGCUACCGGUUCUGCUGGCGCGGGUGCUUCCGGCGCUGCUGGCCUUGGUGCUGGCGCCGGCCUUGGAGGAAGUGCUACCGGAUCUCUCGGUGCCGGUGCCUCGGGUGCUGCUGGCCUCGGUGGCUCUGCUGGCCUCGGUGGUAGCGCUACCGGUGCUGCUGGUGCUGGUGCCUCCGGCGCUGCUGGCCUUGGUGCUGGUGCCGGUCUUGGAGGAAGUGCUACCGGAUCUCUCGGUGCCGGUGCCUCGGGUGCUGCUGGCCUUGGUGGCUCUGCCGGUCUUGGUGGUAGCGCUACCGGUGCUGCUGGCGCUGGUGCUUCCGGCGCUGCUGGUGCUGGUCUCGGUGCUGGUCUUUCCGGCUCUGGAUCUACUGGUCUCGGUGCUGGCGCUGGUCUUGGUGCCAGCCCCAGUGGCAGCGUCGGUGCUAGCCCUAGCGCUAGUGCUGGUCUUGGUGCCGGCCUUUCUGGAUCUGGCUCCGCUGGUCUCUCUGGAUCUGGAUCUGCUGGCCUCGGUGCGGGUGCUGAUCUCGGUGCUUCCGGCGAUGCCUCGGGUGAUGUGAGCGGCAGCGGAUCCGGCUCUGCUUCUCUCGGUGCCGGAGCUUCUGGCAGCGGCGAUGACGAUACUGACGUCGGUGUUUCCCCCACCACUGCGGAAGCUCCCAGCGCCACCACCACUUGGGUCAGUGCCUCCACCAGCGUCUCUCUCGGUCCUUACGGCGGCGCCAGCGGCAGCAUCACGGCUGGAGGAUCCACGGGCGGCGACGACAGCGACGAUUCCGAUGCCGGAGCUGAUGCCGAUGCAGAUGCGGAUGCUAGCGCGGAUGCAGACGCCUCUGCCAGCGCGGAUGCCGAUGCCUCUGCCAGCGGUAGCGGAAAUGCUGAUGCCAACGCUAGUGCUGGGGCCUCCGUUAGUGGUAGCGCUGAGGCCUCUGCUAGCGCUAAUGCGAAGGCUUCUGCGUCCCUGAACUUCUCUGCUUAA